AUGUGUGAAUUUGUCGUGGUUCAACACAUGCGGCUGUCGCAGGCCAAUGAGCUGGAGCGGCGAAAUCAACGGUUCAUAGCGGCACUUGCACGGGCGGAUCCGACAUUUGACCCCGCGAAGCAAACCCUCAUGGCCUCUCAGGUGCAAUCAUAUUUGACCAGUGUGAUGGCCGUGGGUCGUGUCGUGUGCGACGCAGAGGCGGCAUCGGCGCGCCUCAACGACUCCUCAGUGCUCCUGGAAGGAUGCAUCGACCCUUGUCAGGGCGUGAGGGUGUGGCUCGAUCUGCCCCAUCUGCCGUCCCUCUCGCUCUUCCCAGGGCAGAUCCUGGCCGCCAUGAGAGCGCGGCUCAAUUUGCGCCAUCUGCCAUCCCUCUCGCUCUUCCCAGGGCCCGGUGUAAGGGUGCGCCUGGAUCUGCGCCAUCUGCCAUCCUUCUCGCUCUUCCCAGGGCCCGUUGAAUCGAAAGAGAGCAACUCACACACUCCGGCUCCUGCUCUCCCACCAUCCUACCCCACCCCACCCCACAGCAUCGACCCCUGUCAGCGGGUUAGGGUGCGCCUCGAGCUGCGCCAUCUGCCAUCCUUCUCGCUCUUCCCAGGGCCCGGGGUCAGGGUACGGCUUGAUCUGCGCCAUCUGCCGUCCUUCUCGCUCUUCCCAGGGCAGAUCCUGGCCGAUGGGGAGGGUGGAGUGGAGAAGGGGACAGAGGAGAAGGUGGGUGGUGAUGCUGCUGGUGGUGGUACUGUGGCUUCUGACGGUGGUGCUGCUGAGUUGCAAGAGAGGGUGGAGGCUGGGACUGAGGGGAUGGAUACAGAAGGAGUCAGGGCGGUGGAGAGCGGUGCUGCUGGUGUAAAGGCCGAGGGUAAUGAGGAAGAGGAAGAGGACGAUGAUGAGAUCAGGAUCAUCGCGGCAGCAGGUCCUUUCACCACUAUUGACUCAUGGUCGUUUGAGCCGCUCAAGGACCUCAUCAGAUUUGCGCUGCAGCGACCACCGGAUGUGCUGCUGCUGAUCGGCCCCUUCAUUGAUCGAGAGCAUCCUGAUGCAAGAGAUGGAUGUGUGGAGCAGACGUAUGAGGCGCUCUUUCAGCAGCACAUCCGGGCACAGGUGGAGGACUAUUGUGAGCGGGCAGGAGGCACGAGCAAGGUGCUGCUGUUGCCGUCACUGAGAGACGCACACCACACCAUGAUCUUUCCUCAGCCCCCAUUUGACUCGUCUGACUUUGAAGACCCGCGAAAGCAAGUCCUGAUGCUUGGAAACCCCUCCGCCUUCACACUCGAUAGCCAGAUUGGCAUCGCCUGCUCUUCCACCGACAUUCUCCGCCACCUCAGCAAGGAGGAGAUUGCCCGCGUGGCGCCAGGAGACAGCGCCACGUCAGACCGCAUGUCCAGGCUGGCAGCGCACGUGAUUGGCCAGAGGAGCUUCUACCCGCUCUUCCCUCCCCCACCCACCACCUGUCUCGACCUCUCCUGCUGCCCCCAAGCUCUGGACCUCCUCUUUGCUCCUCACCUCCUCUUCCUCCCAUCCGACCUCGUCCCUUUUGUCAAG